AUGGCGACCAACAACAAGUCCAUCGACUGGCAGUUCACCGGAAGCGAGGCGGCCAAAGAAGCUGCCGCGACCUCCUUAGGCACCUACACUUCUUCAAUCUAUGCCUUAUGUGAUCCUAAUGGAAAGCCCAUUUUGCCACCGCGAAGCGAUAACCUAGAGACCAGCCAUACAGCCGAAAAAGCUGUGGUCAAAGCCGUCCUCUGCGGCACAGGAAACGCCUACUCUCCUAGCAUUGGCGUCCCCGCCGCCAAACGUGCCGUAGCUGAGUUUAUGAACCAAAAGCUUACAAAGAAGCUGACACCGGACGACGUGUUUAUGACCGUUGGAUGCAAACAAGCCAUCGAGCUCGCGGUAGACAUUCUGGCUAAACCUAAUGCCAACGUUCUGCUUCCGAGCCCUGGCUUCCCAUGGGACGAAGUCCGCUCCAUCUACAGAAAUCUUGAGGUCCGCCACUAUGAUUUCCUCCCCAAACAAAACUUUGAAAUCGACUUCAAAAGCGUGAGAGAGAAGGUAGACGAGAACACAUUUGCCAUAUUCAUAAUCAACCCCCACAACCCUAAUGGAAACACCUACUCCGAGGCUCAUCUCAAACAGCUGGCUGAAUUGGCUAAGGAACUUGGGAUCAUGGUGGUUGCUGACGAGGUUUAUAGAUGGACCAUCUUCGGGAGUAACCCUUUUAUUCCCAUGGGAACUUUCUCGCAUAUCGUACCGGUUGUUACACUCGGAUCCAUAUCAAAGGGAUGGAAUGUCCCUGGAUGGCGAACUGGCUGGCUCGCGCUGCACGAUCUAGACGGUGUCUUCAAGAACACCAAGAUCUUGCAAGCUGCUAGAGAAUUUCUAGAGAUCAACUCUAAGCCUCCGACUGUUAUUCAGGCGGCUAUUCCUGACAUUUUGGAGAAAACUCCUAAAGAGUUCUUCGAUAACAGGGGGGCUUUUCUGAAAGACAAAGUAGAAUUUGGAUAUUCUAAGCUCAAGUACAUUCCUGGCCUCACUUGCUACAUGAAACCCGAAUCAUGCACCUUCUUAUGGACCGAGCUGGAUGUGUCGUCCUUUGUGGACAUUGAAGACGAUAUAGACUUCUGCAAGAAGCUUGCUACGGAAGAAAACCUCGUUGUUUUACCAGGGAUUGCAUUCAGUCAGAAGAACUGGUUGAGGCAUUCUAUUGACAUGGAGACUCCGAUAUUGGAGGAUGCAUUUGAAAGAUUGAAGAGUUUCUGUGACCGCUAUUCCAAAGCUUCACUCAAAGUCGUCAACUAA